AACCGCCGCGACCUUGUGACUCGUUUGAAGUUAUACUCUCUAGCGGUUAAACCAUGUGCUUGUGCUUUCGAUCCCAGGAUCCCCAUAAUUUGAGGCUUAUGUUACUGAUGGUUGCUGUUUAUUAUUCUCUUUAAUAAAAGCAAGUGCAUUGUGUACGCUUGCUGUGUCGUCGACUUACCUUUUCCUUUCACUUAUUCCAGUCCUCGCCCAUGCUACUCUGCAUGCUUCGGUUGUACAAAGUACCUUCUGGCUAAACAUAAACGACUACAACUCUCCUACUGGACCGUUUCAUGAAGUACCUUGCGGUAUUUCCACUCACUGAGUUAAAUUCAUAUUUUCAAUCGAUUUCAACACAUCAAGACUACUGUUUUUACUUUAAUUGAACUACUUUCAGUUACAAAGGAUUGUUCGAGAGUUGUUUAAGUGUUUAGAUAAAAAUCGGAUUCUUCCUAAAAAGCAGCAUUGAUUUAUAACAGGUUAUUCAUGUCUCGCAAACUUACUAGUAGCCCUUGAGUACUGGUUAGCUCCUGAAAAUCAAAUGUUGGCCAAGUAAUAUUGGCACCGGGGGCAACUUAUAUGUGUUGGUAAUAAAUUUCUUAGUUGGGCGUCAACAUAAAAUACGAGUUUGUCCCAAGUUGUUCAGCAGUGAGACUGUUUGGCAGAGUGCCUCAGUGCAGUUUUGGGGCCAAUGUUGUUUCUACGGUAUACAGGUAACUUUCCUAGUCUAUCUGUUUUGUUAUAUACGGAGGAUACCAAAAUUUGGAGAGCGAUAAAAAAAAUGGUGACAGUUUUAAGCUUCAUAAUGACCUGCAGAAAUUAUGUGUAUAGUCUAAAACUUAGCUGUUGCCGAUAAAUGCGUUGUAGUGCAUUAUGGUGUACAUGGGUCAUCGGAUUGAAGAUACAUACACGGUGAAUAACAUUGAGCUACCUGUUGUCCAGAUACAACGACCUAGUAGUCAUCGUUAGCCAAGACUUAGAAACUACUGCAUACUAUCCUGCGGUAAUUGAAAAAGGUUCUGUAACCAUAUGUUCAAUACAUAAACCAUUUAGCCAUUUCGAUACUAAAAGAUUUUUGAAUUCAUAUUCAGUGUUCGUUCGCCCUAAAUUUGUGAAUCGCAUGCAAGCAGCUAGCCCUUGCUUAAAAAAUACAACGGGCUGUUGUAAAAGGUUCAAAGAACUGUAGCUAAGCUGAUUUCCAGGACCGAAAGGCUCCUGUAUGACAAAAAACGAGGUAAACUAGUCCUGUUUCCUUUGUCUAGUAGAAUGACCAGAGGUGAAUUGAUCAUAGUUUUUAAACUCACGAUAAAUUUGCGUUUGAUAAGCCUUCAUUUUUCUUAUUUUCUAAUACAGAAUUCACGAGGACACUAAAACUUCAUCUGAUUAUCGACUUUCUUAUCGAAUCAUCAGGGAAUGGAAAUCCCUAACUCAAUACGUGUUUGAAGCUUUGUCGACGUUUUCAAGAGAAAGGUAGAUCAACCGAGACCACUAUUCCCAGGAAUAACACGAGCUAUCUGUCCUUUCCAAACAAAAACUUGACAUCAACCUACCAAAGGAGUUCUAAGUUAUUUUUGUGAAAUUGAGUUGAUGGUUGUUUCUUUUUUUUUAUGCAAACAGUUCAAUUUUGGUCACAAGAUUAUACAAUUGGUUGAUCGAUAAUCUAUCCCACAGAAUCUAGUUUCUCAUUAUACUUCAAGAUGUUGGUUUUAGCAGUGUGUCUGGGACUUUUUAGUACCUUCACUGUUUUAGUAGUCAGGUUUUUUUAUUUGAAAGUCCAGUGUUGGUUUUGUGGGCAUACUGCCUUCACAUCGUGGAGUAAAAAGACAUCGUUUGUUUGUCAACAAUGUGGUCAGUAUAAUGGAUUUAAAAGUGAUGGUGAUUACAACAAAGUUAUACCAUCUCAGUUCAUUGCCGAGUUAAAUCCAGUUAAUUUCAAUAAGGCUCACGGUACGUUUUCAUCACAUUCUGAUGUAUUGUGCCCGGACUGUACACGUAAUCAAAAUACUAUUGUCCAAAAGUUGUCGGAGUAUACCCCGAAAAACGACAAGUCGGAUGAGGAAAUAAAAGAAUACACUCGCCUGCUGGAGUUGGAAUAUGGUUUGUGUUCAAGUUGCUAUCGAAAAGUUAAUAAUAAACUUAGGCAGUUAGAUUGUAAAUUAUUACCAAGUUUCAUUGAAUGGUGGCAUAAUAAACAACGAACAAUUUCUCUGACUAAAAAUUCUAUUUCAUUAAAAGCUUAUCGUAAAACUAUUGCAUGGUUUGAAUUAUUAAUUGUUUUACGUAUUAUUAGUAUCUUAUGUUUGAUAUCCAUUAUUACUGGUCCACUUCUAAUUGAAAUCAGUAGACAAACAUGCCUUAUUCAUAUAACAACGAAUAAGUCUUAUCUAUAUAAAUUUGUUGAAUUAGUUUGCUCUGGUAAUUGUCGAUCUUAUUCACGAAGAUAUUGUACUGAAAUAUUGACUUAUUCACAACAUUUCUCUCUUUCUAAUAUUGGUCAAUUAUG